CAAGGCGCAGAGGCAGCGCUCAGACAUGGCUGAUGUUCAUAUCACACAAAGGCAAUCAUCUCCUCUUCCCCCGCUGAGCAACUAUCAUCCAAAUGCUGAUAGGUAGACGAGCGGGUAUGUUGUUCAAGAAUCUCGAAACACUUACGAGAAAUUAUAUCGAGACGCUCCCGUGGCUUCAAUUUUGGUGGGUGUCGUCGAUCGAUUGGUCAUUAUAUUGUGCCCUUCACGCUGUGCGUGUAGGAAGAGGUGGUGAUAGUGCUGGCGAGAGGGAGGGGGGUUAAACCCGGAUAUUUCUGGUUUUGCCCGCUACUUUGUAUAUUUCGUGUUAGCAUUUCUUCGUAUUUUGUAACCACGUUUUACAAGAAGCACUCCCCUCAUCCGUUUUUCUGAGUGUGGGGAUAAAAAUUCACCGUACACCCCUCCUCCUCCCCCGUCCCGCUGGUGGUCUUACCCCCUCAAAAAAAAUUCAUCAUCUUAUGUCGGAGGCGCGCACACACAGUGAGGGGGGGAAAGGAAAACACCCUAAUGAAGCGCGGAUGUGGAAUUUGUGCUGUCUCUGUCAAAUUUGGAUAUCAUCGUCGGCACAUCAAUGCCUGCUGUUGUUGCUGUUGUACACGGUGGGACGGACGGAUGAUGCCUUGUGGAUCCGCGGGAUGAUGUCAUGUACCGUUGCACCCCACGUGGGGGCCGUCGCUCUCCGAUAGGCAGAUGUGGCCGUAUUCCUUCCGAGUAAUGCGAUUGGACAGAUAGGCGCUUUCACGGCAGUUCAGCCCUGCUGCCUGUGUGUGGCAACCGGGGUAAGCUGGACAACUGGGGGAAACGCGAGAUUGUGGAGAGUACCAUGUUACGCUUUUAAAGAAUCUCCAACCUCUUCGAGUCGGAAGACAGAUUUUGGAAGCAUAUUUAUUUAUUUUCUUCUUCUUCUUCUUCUUCUUUGUGGGAUUAACCAGCCGCAGAAGGCGCACAUUCCUCGGAGGUUCGCGGUUGAAGAAUAAAGUAUAGUUUAAUCGAGCCCGACCGCACUAAAAAAUUUUCUCCCAGCCUGGUUGGGUGCGUUCUGGAGAGAGCGAGGGAGAGAGGAUGCUUGACGAAAACUGCGUCCACCAGGUUUACAUUAGGAGGGAUUAAACGCAUGAAUUAUAGCCUGCUCAGUAUUUUCUUCGGGAGCAGAAGUCGGACGGACGCUUCGGACUCACGCACGGGUACGUAUUUACAAGAGCUGUUGAUUUCUUUCUUAGUUUUUUUUUCUAAUUUUUGGGCGUACGCUCGACCCCGCUUCCACGACUAUGAGCGGGAGUCAAACAGUAGGUGCAAGCCAGCGGCUGUCGCUUAUGGCCUGCCUGUAGACGUCCUACGGACCGGGUGAGGGGGCGGUGGUGGUCAUUUCACAAACAGAAGUCAGUUUCCGUUCGUUCUUUUUUUUUUUUCUUUUAUUAUUAUUAUUUUUAAUAAAGAACGAAACGGAUCUGAGCAUUAAAAUUGCACGGCGGAUAAGUGGCUUUUCCAACCUCGUCUACGUGUUGGCAUCAUGUUAAACUGCACGUUGAGAUUUGUUAGGAUAUCGAGUCUGACCACUGACCGAAUAAGGUCAUCAAGAAGACAGAAGCGCUCGACUGUUGUGCUGCUUCUCUGACUCGGCUCGAACUGCUGCGGUAAAUGGGACUAGUGUGCUGUGGUGACUACUUACUUAUUGGAUUUUCACGACCUCCCUCCCCCCCCCCCUCUCCUCAUCCCCUGCCUCCCCCCUCCCUCACUCCCCUCGGCCCUGUCUGCUGAGACUGGUGUGGCUGUGAGCAAAUUUCACCCGUUUUGCCAAAGGACCUGUACACUGGAGGGAUAAACAAAGGAUACAUUUCAAGAUGUAUCCACAAGGCCGACAUCCGGCUCCACAUCAGCCUGGCCAGCCUGGCUUCAAAUUCACCGUAGCAGAGUCUUGUGAUAGGAUUAAAGAUGAAUUUCAAUUCCUGCAAGCCCAGUAUCACAGUCUUAAGGUGGAGUAUGACAAACUGGCCAAUGAGAAGACAGAGAUGCAGCGCCACUAUGUCAUGUAUUACGAGAUGUCCUACGGGCUGAACAUUGAGAUGCACAAGCAGACGGAGAUUGCCAAACGGCUCAACGCAAUUUUAGCUCAAAUUAUGCCUUUCCUGUCACAAGAGCACCAACAGCAGGUUGCUCAGGCAGUAGAGAGGGCUAAGCAGGUGACUAUGACUGAGCUGAAUGCCAUCAUCGGGGUACGUGGACUUCCCAAUCUGCCUCUCACCCAGCAGCAGCUCCAGGCACAGCACCUCUCCCAUGCUGCCCAUGGGCCUCCAGUCCAGUUGCCGCCUCACCCCUCGGGCCUGCAGCCUCCUGGCAUCCCCCCUGUGACGGGCUCCGGAUCAGGGCUGCUGGCGCUAGGAGCUCUGGGGAGCCAAGCCCACCUCCCAGUAAAGGAUGAAAAGAACCACCAUGAUCUCGAACACAGAGAGAGCACGAAUAACUCAAUAUCCCCAUCAGAAAGCUUACGCACAGCCAGUGAGAAGCAUCGCAGCUCCUCAGACUACAGCUUGGAUUCUAAGAAACGCAAAGUGGAGGAGAAGGACAGCAUGAGUAGAUAUGACAGUGACGGAGAGAAAAGCGACGACUUGGUGGUCGAUGUGUCCAAUGAGGAUCCUGCCACUCCAAGGGCAAGCCCAGCCCACUCACCACCUGAAAAUGGUAUUGACAAGCCCCGCCCCCCAAAGAAAGACACACCCAACAGCCCCGCAUCAGUGGCGUCAUCUGGAAGCACCCCUUCCUCCAAGGCUAAGGAGCUCAGUCAUAAUGACAAAUCCUCCACGCCUGGUCUCAAAUCCAACACCCCCACCCCCCGAAACGAUGCCCCCACCCCUGGCACCAGCUCGACUCCUGGGCUCAGACCCAUCCUGGGCAAGCCACCAGGCAUGGAAGCUCUCGCAGCCCCAGCUUUGCGGACACCUCUAUCCAUUGCAGGGUCCUAUCCUACCCCCUUUGCUAUGAUGGGCCAUCAUGAAAUGAACGGAGGCCUGACUAGCCCUGGGGUGUAUGCUGGUCUGCACAUCUCCCCUCAGAUGAGCGCUGCAGCAGCAGCAGCCUAUGGACGCACUCCCAUGGGGUUUGAUCCUCACACCCACAUGAGAGCCCCGGGCCUCCCAGCCAGCCUCACAUCUAUUUCUGGCGGAAAACCAGCGUACUCCUUCCAUGUCAGCGCAGAUGGUCAAAUGCAGCCUGUGCCCUUCCCACCCGACGCCCUCAUUGGUCCCGGUAUUCCACGCCACGCCCGUCAGAUCAACACACUGAGCCAUGGCGAGGUGGUCUGUGCUGUCACCAUUAGCAACCCCACACGUCACGUUUACACUGGUGGCAAAGGCUGUGUCAAAAUCUGGGACAUGAGCCAACCAGGCAGCAAGAGCCCCGUGUCCCAGCUGGACUGUUUGAACAGGGAUAACUACAUCCGCUCCUGUAAGCUACUGCCUGAUGGUCGCACAUUGAUUGUCGGAGGCGAGGCCAGCACACUGACCAUCUGGGAUCUGGCCUCCCAGACACCGCGGAUCAAAGCUGAGCUCACCUCCUCAGCCCCGGCGUGCUACGCCUUGGCCAUCAGCCCUGAUGCCAAAGUCUGCUUCUCGUGCUGCAGUGAUGGAAACAUUGCCGUUUGGGACCUGCAUAACCAGACUCUCGUUAGGCAGUUUCAAGGUCAUACGGAUGGUGCUAGCUGUAUUGACAUAUCCCAUGAUGGCACUAAGCUGUGGACAGGUGGUCUCGAUAACACUGUUCGCUCCUGGGAUUUGAGAGAGGGUCGACAGCUGCAGCAGCACGACUUCACUUCACAGAUCUUUUCUUUGGGCUACUGUCCGACUGGCGAGUGGCUUGCUGUGGGAAUGGAGAGCAGCAACGUGGAAGUGCUCCACCAUUCAAAGCCUGACAAGUAUCAGCUCCACCUGCACGAAAGCUGUGUCCUUUCCCUCAAGUUUGCCUACUGCGGUAAAUGGUUCGUAAGCACCGGGAAGGACAAUCUGUUGAAUGCUUGGAGGACUCCUUAUGGCGCCAGCAUAUUCCAGUCCAAGGAGUCCUCAUCUGUCCUGAGCUGUGACAUUUCUGCAGACGACAAGUACAUCGUGACAGGCUCUGGUGACAAGAAGGCCACUGUGUAUGAAGUGAUCUAUUAGAAGAGACUGCUUUGGAUCGGAGCAUGCUCAGGAACAGUAGACACUUCCUCCAUCCUCCUUCCCUCACACAGACAGCAUGGAUGUUGCCUGCAGCUCCAAGGUGGAUGGGCAGGAAGUUUGGCAGUGCCAGACGAAAAUGGAUGGUGGUGUUAUUGUGGCACUGGAUGCUGUGUCCUUCGGCUCUGCCCUUCCUCACUCAUACAACUAACACUUGUACAGCGAGUGCAGUUUCCCAAGGCACCGAGAAGAAAAUAAUGUCUUGCUGUUUCUGUUUGUUGGAUAUUUCUUUUUUUAUUCGUCCUUUUUAAUGUGGAGAUAAAGUUCCAUGACACAAGUAGAAGCGGCGCUUCGCUCUGGAGCUUCUCCUUGGAGGUCCUGUGAAAAGUGUACAUAAUGGAGUAAUAAAAGGCCUUUUAUAGAUUUAUAUUUUGGUGUCCAGUUACGCUUGUGAUGGUUCUUUCUUGUUCUCUCCGUGAUUUUCUGUCCCCUCCGGGGAUGGAAAUUAGAUUAGGACUUUGUAAGAGGAUAUUCUAUUUCAGUUUUUUCCCCCCUCCUCGGCUUUUUUUUUUUUUUUUCCAUGUUCCUUGUCCAAAAUGACCUUUUCGGAAAUCUAAUUUGUAUUUUUUUUUUUCUCCCUGACAAAGGCUUUUUUUUUCUUCGCUAUUUGCUGUAUCACAGACAUUUGUCCCAUGGAUUUUUGCAGUCGAGAAUUCUGGAAAGGCUUUUUUUUUCUGUAGGGAGGAAAAAAAUCAUGGUUUCCAGUUAUGUUUACCCUUUUGACCCUGAUCAGCAGAAUUUCAGCUUUGAAAUGAAGACCUUUCACUGAACCCUGGCUCCUGUCUAUAACAUCAAAAUGGAUUUAUAUCAACUGUCGGAUUGAUGGGUUUUACAGAGAAGCAGCUGUGACUUGAGCUCACUCUGUUGACUCAACCACUGUAUGAAACCUUUGCUCCACUCUGCAAAGUUUAGCCAUCAGUCUAUUAGAGAUCGUUAUUGCCGCUUGUGUUUGCGAGCCUGUGACUGAUACGCAAGACUUGGUUACUCAUAAAGGACGCAGGCAACGCCAUUACCACGUUCGACAUUUUGGGUGUAUUCUUUGCUUUCUUCAGUAUUUCAUAAUAUUCACUACAAUCUUCUCAUAGACGGGAAUGGUCUCAUCAUAAACACAAGUUAAGACUGUGUAGCAUACAUGUGGCAUCAUCCAUAAGGACUGUACAGCUGACAGUUGUUGAUAAAUCAAUAAACUGUUUUAUAUAAAAUUUA